AUGUCGGGUCUUCUGGGGAAAGUGGCCGAUCAACUAUCCGGACAAAAGUCACCCCAAUCUUCGAGUGGAUCCUCUGGACUCAUGCACAAAGUGACGGACGCUAUCACCGGCCAAAAGCAUCCACAAGACUCCCAGGUCUAUCCGCAGAUGUAUGGAAACAACCAGGGAGCGAUACCUUACCCCUCUGAAGGAUACCACUCAGGCCAAUUUAUCCGCCCCGAAACCCAGGGACACUAUGAGCCUCGAUAUGAGGGAGGACAUGGGAAUUACCACACUCCGAGUGGUGGCUUUGUAGGUCACGAUGAUGGGCGAGGAUCCUACCCCAACGAAUACACCAACGGCUAUCCUGGGGGCCAUGGAGGUUAUGGCGGCCCUGUUCUUUAUGGACAAGAGCAUUCUUCUCACCAGGCUGGUUACGGUGGACACAAUGCACCAGAUGGUCAUGGAAACCGCAGCGAGCACCGACAAGAGUAUCCAGAGGGUAGCUACAGUACCCCUGGACGUUAUAACAGUCAUGGAGAGUACCGAGGCGGACACAACGAUCUAGCUAAGCAUGCUGGAGUCCAUUAUGCGCGAGGUGGAUCAUACAACAACCACGGACAAGGUGGUUACGCUGAAGGUCAUGGCCAGUAUGGAGGAGCCUACCACAGCGGCCACUAG